UGGAGGAAGUGGAGAAACGAUUUGCUGUUGCUGCUGAAGUGGAGGAAGUGGAGAAACGAUUUGCUGUUGCUGCUGAAGUGGAGCAACAACUUGCUAAUAAAUUAAAAGAUCAACUAAGAGAAGAAGAAAAGCAUGUUCAGAUAAAACAAGAUAACAAGGAUCUUGAAGAUAAAUACAGAGAUUCUAGAGAAAAUAUUAACCUGGAAGAAGAAAAGAAACAUGCAAUUUCUAAACAGAAGAAAGUGACAAUGGCAAUUUCUACAGUAGGAUCGUCAUGGACUUUCGGAAGCGAAACAGCAUUACGAUUUAAUGAACAGGAUUUGAAUGAUCGAAUGAAAAAAAAUGGUGGGCUUGGAAAUAUCUUUAAAAAAAUCGGGGUAAGAUUAAAGG